CACACACACACACACACACACACACACACACACACAGGGAAUCUGAGGGAUUACAAAGGUACAAAGACCCAUAUGCUGUCCAAGGAUGGAAUCGAGUAUACUAAAUGCAAGAACACAACGCAAUAACCAAGGGACAGGUGUUGAAGACGAAGCCUCUACAGAGCCACAUGGGAGCGUCUCAGGCCGUCCUCUCUCUGCUGCAGUUCGUCUCUAUGUGUACGCCCUGCAUGGCUGCCUCUGUGAGGUGGUCUUCACUGCUGUGUUGGACUGGUGCAGCACCCAGGACAGAAGACUGGCGGGUCACAGCAGCCUGUGGGCACUGCCUAUGUAUGCCACCGCAGUCUACCUCAUGGAGGGCCUGAGUGCCCGGCUGCUGGCUCAGCAUCACUCGCUGCCAGUGCGUCUGACAGUCUACACUGUGUUUAUCUACCUGUGGGAGUUCAGCUGGGGGGCGGUGCUGAGCCUGCUGGGGGCCUGUCCCUGGAACUACUCAGGUUAUAGGUACAACCUGGCAGGACUGGUGACUCUGGAGUAUGCACUGCCCUGGGCUGUAGCUGCACUUAUAGCAGAGCAGCAUGUGAUCAGGAACACGCUGAGGAUAAGAUUACACAAGUGAACUAAUAUCAAUCUGAAAUCAUGCGCUUCCAAAAGCAGCUACAAAGUAUUUAUGGAUAUUGUUUUAGGAACAACACCACAAAUGUGAGUUUUUUGGCAUUUUGAUUUUAUAAAGUUCCUCCAACACC